AUGGAGAAGGUUGUGCUCUACUUUGAAAAAGUACAGCAUAGCACCGAAGAAGAUAAGAUCAAAGAGAGCAAGCGAAGUUUAAGAGUCACUCUCUUCUUCUCUCUCCUGCAGGCCUUUGUGUGUCUUCUGCUGAUUGGAGCAGCCAGCGUAACGGCCAAGCCCAAACCUGGAGGAGGCGGCUGGUCUUCGGGUGGUGGUGGCGGCGGUGGCGGUGGUGGCGGUUGGUCAUCCGGUGGUGGAGGCGGACAUGGCGGUGGUGGUGGCGGCGGUGGUGACGUGCAGGUCAUCAAAGUCAUCACAGAGAGCGGCGGCGGCGGUGGUGGCGGUGGCGGCGGCUGGUCUUCUGGCGGAGGCGGUGGAGGCGGCGGUUGGUCCUCUGGAGGCGGAGGCGGCGGUGGCUGGUCUUCUGGAGGAGGCGGUGGUGGCGGCGGCGGCGGUGGCGACAUAAAGCUCAUUAAGAUCAUAAGCCUGGGCAGCGCUGGCGGCGGUGGUGGCGGCCAUGGCGGCGGCGGCGGCGGCGGUGGCUGGUCGUCUGGUGGUGGCGGUGGGGGCGGCGGCUGGUCUUCAGGUGGUGGCGGCGGAGGCGGCGGUGGUGCCACCAAAGUCAUCAAAAUCAUUAAGCUGAGCAGCGGCGGCGGCGGUGGCGGACAUGGUGGUGGUGGCGGCGGCGGCGGUGGCUGGCAGCCAGCUGGCGGCUGGGCCUAA